AUGGAAACUAAAAAUUCCCAUUUUCAAGAAGAGACAAGAAACAAUCAAAAGAACACUGCAACUUUUAUAAAAGAUUUAGAAGUUCAGAUGGAUCAUAUAAAACAACAAAUUGUAGGUACUCAAGCACAAAGAUCUCUUCCCAGUGAAACAAUGACUAAUCCAAGAGAACACAAUAAUGUGAGUGUUGUGGUACUUAGAAGUGGUAAGUCAACUGAGAGCCUUGGAGACAAAUAUGGUGAAGAAAACCAUUUGUUGGAAGUGGACUUAGAAAUUAAAGAGAACCAAAAAAUUGAUGAAGAAGAAGUCACACAAAAGGUGGUGGAGAAAGAAAAACCAAUAGACCCAAAGCCAACCAUCAAACUCCCAUAUCCUUCAAGAAAGAAGAAAAAGGAUCAUCACAAGAAUUUUUUUGAGAAGUUCUUAGAGAUGUUUAAGAAGGUUGAAAUAAAUAUUCCAUUCUCUGAGGCACUUGAGCAAAUGCCUAUUUAUUCUAAAUUCAUGAAAGAUAUCAUCUCCAAGAAACGCACCAUGGACACUGAACCUAUACUUCUUACUGAAACUUGCAGUGCUAUUUUGAAGGGUAUGAAGAUUCCAGUAAAAAAGAAAGAUAGGGGCUAUCUCACCAUUCCAUGCAAAAUUGGAGAUAUAAAAUUCAAGAAGGCACUUAUUAAUUUGGGAGCAAGUGUGAGUCUUAUGCCUUUGUCCAACUAUAAAAAGUUGGGAAUAGGUACAGUUCAGGAUACCAGGAUUUCACUUCAGUUUACUGAUUACUCAGUAAAAAGACCUUAUGGAAUAGUAGAAGAUGUUAUGGUAAAAAUUGAUAAGUUUGUGUUUCUUAUUGACUUUGUUAUUCUUGAGAUGCCCGAAGAUGAAGAGAUCCCCUGA